AUGGCGCCAAUGCUAGGUCAUUGGGAUGCUCCCAGCACCGGGAGCCCCGUGUUCAAGCAUAAUGCUGACCUGCCCAAGAACAUCUUAUAUGUCGAUGCAUAUGACUCAUUCUCUUACAAUGUGGUCGCCAUGCUCGAGGAAACGCUGGGCGUCAAAGUCACAGUGAUGACCAUCGACUCGGAAUGGCCCAACUCCAAUAUGAACGAUUUUCUUCAACACUAUGAAGCCAUUGUUCUUGGUCCAGGACCGGGAAACCCGAAUGUGUCCACCGACGUUGGUAUCAUGAACGAUAUCUGGAACCUCAAGGACUCCGAGCUCUUACCGGUUUUUGGUAUCUGUCUCGGUUUCCAAAGCCUCUGUCUUCACCAUGACGUUCCGAUCGAGCAAUUGCCAUAUCCGAUUCAUGGACAGAUUCACAAGAUCCGCACUACCUCAAAGGAUAUCUUUGAACUUAUCCCGGCUGUUGAUGUGACUCUUUAUCACUCGCUAUAUGCCAACGCGGCUGCUUCAACUCCGGCGGACUUGGAAUAUUUGGCGUGGCUGUCUCUGGAAGAUCUUCCCCAUGCACGGAUUCCCAUGGGGGUCCGGCAUUUGCAUAAGCCCUUCUGGGGCGUCCAAUUCCAUCCCGAGUCCUGCAAAUCCGAAGUCGACGCCUGCAAGACACUUCUACGGAACUGGUGGAAGAAGGCUCUUGCAUUCAACAAGAUCAAUGGACGUGGCGGAUGCGAGUCCCUUCCUGAGACGGUCAUCAGCCCCCACACAGCUGCCAGCCCGUUCCCUGAAUCUGCAUAUGAAAUGCUGCAGUGGUGCAAAUCCACUUCUUCCGUUUCAGCUUCUCGGUCUUUCAAACGACAUGGCUUGACUGCAGAGGCGAUUAGCGAACUCUUCAACAAUCCAGGUUCCCCCACAGUUCUGUUCCAAUCUAAUGGGCGAUACACGAUCGCCUCUGUGCUCAGUCCGGACUCUUGGCGGUUCGAAUAUCAUGUCGAGACACACAAGCUCCGAAUGCUUCAGCUGCAUGGUGACUACAAAGUGAAUGAGAGUACUCUUGCCGUGGCUCAACUUUGGGACGCUUUACGUUACUUGAUGGAUAUGAAGAAAAUCCAUUCUGGAAACCCUGAUGUUCCUUUCUGGGGUGGAUUUCUUGGCUAUUUCUCCUACGAACUUGGACUUACAUGUCUUCCUCAUUCGGAGCGCCCGCAGGCAUCGGCGUCAGCGAAGCCUAGCACUGAAAAGCCUUCAUAUAAUAAUUCUCCAUUUGCGGACCCGCCUGACGUCAGUCUUUUGUGGUGCGAACGAAGUAUCGUUUUGGACAACGUCACUGGCAACAUCGUCAUUCAGUCCACUCGUGAAGACGACAAUACCCCUGCAGGAUGGCUUGAUGAAAACCUGCAACUGCUUCAGGACUUCUCAGUGGACAGCAAUGACCCAACAUUUGAUCCAUUGUUGAACUCGAUCUUUCGCGAAGCCAAGAUUCAAUUCCCAGAGGAAGACAAGUACAAACGUCAGAUUGAGUCUUGCAAGAAGGAACUCGAGGCUGGCGAAUCUUACGAGCUGUGUCUGAGUUGUGAAACAUCAAUCACCUUGCCAGUUCCGGAAAAAGAGUCUGAUCGUGUCGCGUUCCCUUGGAAACUCUUCAAGCGAUUGAUGAAAUACAACCCCUCUGCAUUCAGCGCCUUUGCAGACCUAGGAGAUACCAAGAUCGCCAGCAGCAGCCCAGAAUGUUUUCUCAACUGGGACCGCGAGUCGACGCUAGAGAUGAAGCCGAUGAAAGGUACUGUUCGCAAAUCGCCAGACAUGACCUUCGAGAAAGCCUGCGAGAUCCUAGGCUCGACCAAGGAGAUGGCCGAGAACCUGAUGAUCGCGGAUCUGAUCCGUCAUGAUCUGUAUGGUAUCUGCGGGUCCGGCGGCGUUCAUGUUGAAAAACUGCUGGAGGUUGCAGACUACGGGCGAGUCUACUCAAUGAUCACGCACGUCAAGGGAAAGAUUCGCCCCAAUCAACCCGGUUUCGCCGUCCGGGAUAUACCCCAGCUGAAGACCUCCAACAUGGCCGUCCACGGCCUGACCACCUUGCAGCGGUGUCUACCCCCAGGCUCAAUGACUGGUGCUCCAAAAGAGCGCUCUUGCAUGCACCUGCGAACAAUUGAGGAUCGCAAGCGCGGUAUCUACUCUGGCGCCAUGGGUUUCCUGGACCUCGGUGGAGGCGGGAGCUUCUCAGUUGUGAUCCGCUCGGCAUUUACCUGUGCGUCUGGUCAAGACACUGAGAACAACCAGCAGACUUGGCGCAUUGGUGCCGGCGGAGCUAUCACCAUGCUCAGCACGGCGGACGGAGAAUGGGAAGAAAUGCUCACCAAAUUACGCGUGGUUUGCAAUAUCUUCACACCCCUCGAUUCAAGUGAGAAGUCAGCUUAG